AUGGGUCUCAUCAUUGGCAUCGUCAUUGCCGUUGUAGUCCUGCUUGCUGUAGUUGGUGGCCUUGUCUGGUUCUUCGUGCUCCGCGGAAAAGGUGAAGAAGAAGAGGGAAUGGAAAUGGGAAUGACCGGUGCUGGAGGUACGAAGACCAAGACCAAAGUUGGUGGGACGACCGUUGGAGCGACCCAAGCAAAGACCGGCGGAAUGACUACUGUUGGAGGGACGCAAGCCAAAACCGGUGGAGCGACAACUGCUGGCGGUGCUACAUCGAAAGCUGCGGGGACAACGAAGGGAGGAGCGACAUCGAAGGCUGGAGGGGCAACGUCGAAGAAGUAGAGAGGAGCGG